AUGUUGCAUUUCUCAUCUCGCCCCGUGCUACGUCACCUCCAGCAACACCGCUCCCGUUUCGAAGCCUGCCCUACCGACCCAUUCCCCCUCCUGAAUAACGAGGGAGCUCGUUUCACCUCCUGCCUCUCUCUCCUCACCUCUUUUUCCCCUCCCGUUUCAGCCAACCACAGCGCCAAGCAGUGCCGCACGCCCUGUGCCCUGCGCACCGUGUGCGGCGAGUGCACGAGCGGCAGCUCCGAGUGCAUGUGGUGCAGCAACAUGCAGCAGUGCGUCGACUCCAACGCCUACGUGGCCUCCUUCCCCUACGGGCAGUGCAUGGAGUGGUACACCAUGAGCAGCUGUCCCCCUGAAAACUGUUCAGGCUACUGCACGUGCGCUCACUGCUUGGAGCAACCCGGCUGCGGCUGGUGCACCGACCCGAGCAACACGGGCAAAGGGAAAUGCAUCGAAGGUUCUUACAGAGGACCGGUCAAGAUGCCAACCCCGUCCUCCGCGUCAGGGAAACACAGCUUGGAGCCCAUCCUUAACGUCAGCAUGUGUCCUGUGGAGAACAGCUACAACUGGUCCUUUAUUCAGUGCCCAGCCUGCCAGUGUAAUGGGCACAGCAAGUGUGUCAACGAAAGCAUCUGUGAGAAGUGUGAAAAUCUGACAACUGGCAAACACUGUGAAACUUGUAUCUCGGGCUACUACGGUGAUCCUACUAAUGGAGGAACGUGUCAGCCUUGCAAGUGCAACGGCCACGCGUCCGUCUGCAACACGAACACAGGGAAGUGUUUCUGCACCACCAAGGGAAUAAAAGGAGACGAGUGUCAACUGUGUGAAGUGGAAAACAGAUAUCAGGGAAAUCCACUUAAAGGAACGUGUUACUACACCCUUCUCAUUGACUAUCAGUUCACCUUCAGUCUUUCUCAAGAGGACGAUCGCUAUUACACAGCCAUCAACUUCGUAGCAACGCCCGAAGAGCAAAACAGAGACCUGGACAUGUUCAUCAAUGCAUCUAAAAACUUCAACCUCAACAUUACUUGGUCCACAAGUUUUGCAGCUGGCACGCAGGCUGGGGAGGAAAUUCCAGUUGUUUCAAGAACCAAUAUAAAAGAAUACAAGGACAGCUUCUCCAAUGAGAAAUUUGAUUUCCGCAACAAUCCAAACAUCACGUUCUUUGUUUAUGUCAGCAAUUUCACCUGGCCGAUAAAAAUACAG